CUCUUCUCCUCCGGUAGAGGGUGCUGUCGCCGCCGGCGGGGACAGACCGUCUUCGAGCUCUCUCUCUCUCUCUCUCUCGCUCAACGUCCCUCUUCGAGCUCUCUCUCGCCGUCGCUGCUUCUUCGCUCCUCGCCUUGGGUCGUCGACGGAUAUAAAAGACGACGAUAGACGGUGUCAGUGGUGCCGCCGCUGCCAUGGGUGCUCUUGCCACUCUCUCAUCUUGGACUUCUGAGGACAACCUUCUCCUCAAGAACGCCGUUGAGGCUGGUGCUUCUUUAGAGUCACUAGCAAAAGGUGUGGUGCAGUUUUCUCGAAGAUAUAGUUUCAAAGAAAUACGCGAUAGAUGGUAUUCUAUCCUCUAUGAUCCUAUUAUUUCUGCGGAAGCAUCUGCAAGCAUGACAGACUUCGAGAUUUCUACUUCACCUCUCCCAUCAAAGUUCAUCAAGUUUGGAAAUUCAAGAGAACGCAAAAUUGAUUCUGCAAAGAGAAAAGCUGAAAGUGUACGGACUUCCUAUUAUGCUAUGCGGAAAAGAAUCUGCAGUGACAUGUUUAAUUCCAUGGACUUAGGUUUCCUUGUUGAUCCUGAAAAUGACAAUUAUGGUGCAAAUGGAAAUGAGAGUUUACCUGAAAACUGUGUGGCCGAAGGUGAAAUGUCCAAUCAUUUUGGUUUCCAUGGUUCACAUACUGAUCCUGCUCAGUAUUCUUUUCCUGAAAAUAUGAUGAAUGGUGGUGCUACAUCGAAUGGAGUUACUGCCCAUGCAUAUUACACUGGAGCUAAGGAUCCAGUUCAAGACGAUAUCCCUGCUGAGCAACAAGAUGUACUUAGAGAAGAACCUCAAUUUCUUCGAGAUGAUGUUUCCAAUGGAGCUGCAGAACCUCAAUUUCUUCGAGAUGAUGUUUCCAAUGGAGUUGCAGAGGAGAUGGGUGUUCCAGAAGAACUAGCCAUUGAUAGCUUCAUUGGUGACGAUAAUUUAGAGACCCCAUUUGAUCAGAUCAACAGUGAUCCUGGAAACCUGUGUUCUGAGUUUGAUGGAAAUGAUGUAUUUGAUUCAUCUGAAAUAGAAUGUGGUACAUCAUUUAAUAGCUUACAUUUGUCUCCACUCCCGGAAAUGCCAGUGUGGAAAACACAUGCGAGCAUUCAAGAGCCUGAAAUGCCAUGUGAUGAUUUUAAGGAUUCUAUUCCUUGUGGGGAGGCUUACCUGACAGAACUGUCCAAUUCUCUCUUGAACUUCACUAAUGAGGAAGAACUCUAUCUGAUGGAUGUUGAUGGAAAAGAUGGGAUUGAUAAGUCUUAUUAUGAGGGUCUGAGUUCACUUCUACUGAGUUCUCCUAAUGAUGUUAGCCAAGAUCAGAUGCCUGAAAAGGCCGAGGCAGAGUCUUCAGUGGCAUCACAACCAAAAGUUUCAAAUCUGUCAGUUUCAUGUCAAGCAAAAGUAGAUGAUAACAAUAGAUCACAGUCUAGCAAUGCUCAAACAGUUCAGAAAUCAGAUAACCAAGUAUCAUCUUCUGUCUCUGUUAAAGAUCCUCGUUUUCCUGAACUAACUAAUGGAGUUGUAUUCUGUGCACUAAACACUGAAGAACCAGAAGUUCCAUGCAAUGUUGAUGUUUUCCUACUACCCUUGGAUGUGCCUCCUUCAACAUCUCCCUAUUCAUCUGAAUGGAUGUAUACAGAAUCCAAUAAGCCAAUGUCAUCAUGUGUUCAGGAUUAUGGAUUUAGUAACCAUAAAGCUCUUGAAACAAGUAGAAUGACAAAGGUAGAACAGAAAAAACCUGCAGAGUUUCGUGGAUCUUCUCAGGUGAUGGGAUCUCCUCCCCUUCCAGGACCUGUUGAUAACUCUAAGGUAAAGUGUGAAUUUCCGAAUGCUCAUGCAUCACAUACAGCAUCCAGGAGUGCUAUGUCUGUUUCUGGUGGGUUAGGUGGAAAUAAAGCUAGCACAACCAAUGCUAUCAUGCAUGCAAAUCCAAAGGACACACCUAUCAAUGUAGGCUUGACACAUUGUCUAAAUAGUCGUGCGACAAACUCUUUUAGUGAGAAACCAACCCUUGGGUCUAAUGGCUUCAGAAAUCAUCCUUAUUCUGAUGGCUCAGGCAUGAAACAGGGAAAAAACUUAGCCUUGCCAAAAGAUCGUCAUUUGCAACAUGCUGAAGCGGGGUCUUCAGAUGUUCCCAAGUCUCAGCUGGUGGCAAUUCCUCCAACUUUAGAUGAAGAGCAAUAUAUGGAGAGUGAUGAUGACGUUCCUUGUUAUUCUGAUAUAGAGGCAAUGAUACUUGAUAUGGAUCUGGAUCCAGAUGAUCAGGAUUUGUUUUAUAACGAGGAAGUAUCAACAUAUCAACAUGAGGAAACUAAGCGGACUAUCAUAAGGUUGGAACAGGGUGCUCAUUCCUCUAUGCAGAGAGCCAUUGCUUUACAUGAAGCAAUUGCCAUUUUAUAUGGUCGCUAUUCAAAGCAUUAUAUUAAGAAAGCUGAGGUUUUACUUGGACGGGCAACAGAAGGUGUUCCUGUAGAUAUUGACUUGGGCAAAGGAGGUUAUGCAAAUAAAAUAUCUCGACGCCAGGCAGUUAUAAAGCUGCACAAUGAUGGAUCUUUCUACAUUAAAAACUUUGGCAAGACUUCAAUAUUGGUGAAUAACAAAGAAGUGCAGACUGGUCAGUCUCAAAGAUUACACUCCAAUUGUUUGAUUGAGCUGAGGGGGAUGCCAUUCAUAUUUGAGACAAAUCCUAGUUGUGUGAAGCAGUAUCUGGAUCAGCAUAUUACAGACAAUUCACAAACCUUGUAGUGUCAAAUGUAAAUGUUAGUAAGAGAUCCACGAGAACAGAAAGUGCUUAUUUUUAUUGCACUUUCUGAAUUUUGGUAAGGAAACGUUGAUGCUGUAUGUCAAUGGUUUUGAUGCUAUAAUGGUGUUUCCAUGGAAAUGGGAAUGGGCUUCUGUAGUUCAGUGCUCUCCUUCCCCCAUGUUUCUCUGCUGAUGUAAGUAGAUAGUUAUUUUAGGAACAUUUUUGUAUUAUGUCAAAUUUAACCCCCCUAACCUGAGAAUGCUUGUUCACUCGCUAAUGCUGAAUCUGAAGCUCAUUACUCCCUUGCGUAUUGCUUGAAA